AAAACAAGGGUGGAAUUUCAGAGUCAACAUUUUCCAAAGCUCUACUUUGAUGGGCCUCAGUGAGAAUGAGAGACCAGCGAAAGGUCAGCAGCACUGUGGUGGCAGAAUCGUAAUUAAAGGAAAUCGACGGGGUCAUCUCGUAUAAUUGAUGCGAGGGUUGAGCACUGGACCAUAGCAAAAACCGGAAUCAAAAGGCAGAGGAGAGCCCCAUUUCUAACAAAGCAUCUGGCAGCGAGAGUUUGGGAGAGAACCUCUCUCUUUCAUUUCAUUUCCUUUCCCUCACUCUCUCUCUCCCUUGCUUCUAAAUCUCGAGGUCCUUCCUCUUCUUCCUUCUUAACUCCCAAAUCUCAGACAAAUCAUACCCCUUCCUGUUUCUCCCAUGGCUCUCUCAGAAAAACACUCGCGUGAGUCUCUGAUCCCUAGCUUCCUCUACAGCUCCUCAUCGUCCACCAAAACUCUAGCGCUGGAGAAGAUGCUCCACGCCAGGCCUAGCGGCUUCACCUCCAAUGUGAACGCCGAAGGAGCGUCCGCCAGGAAGGGCCUGGUCAUUCCGUCGCCGAGCGAGCCCUCCAAGAAGAUCGAGAUGUACUCGCCUUCCUUCUACGCUGCCUGUACUUUUGGAGGGAUCCUUAGCUGUGGUCUCACUCACACGGCCGUCACUCCUCUUGACCUCGUCAAAUGCAAUAUGCAGAUUGACCCAGCAAAGUACAAAAGCAUAUCAUCUGGUUUUGGAGUUCUACUCAAGGAGCAGGGCGUCAAGGGCUUCUUCAGGGGAUGGGUGCCUACCCUCCUCGGUUACAGUGCUCAGGGUGCCUGCAAGUUUGGAUUCUAUGAAUUUUUCAAGAAGUACUACUCUGACCUUGCUGGACCAGAGUUUUCUGCCAAGUACAAAACCUUAAUCUACCUUGCUGGUUCUGCAUCUGCUGAGGUCAUUGCAGAUGUUGCACUUUGCCCCUUUGAAGCAGUCAAGGUCCGGGUACAAACUCAACCUGGAUUUGCUAGAGGUUUGUCAGAUGGACUUCCUAAGUUUGUCAAGUCUGAAGGUGCUCUUGGGUUGUACAAGGGUAUUGUUCCUCUAUGGGGUCGUCAGAUUCCAUACACAAUGAUGAAGUUUGCCUCCUUUGAGACCAUUGUGGAGAUGCUCUAUAAAUAUGCCAUCCCUAGACCUAAGGACCAGUGCUCCAAAUCUUUGCAGCUUGGUGUGAGUUUUGCUGGAGGAUACGUGGCUGGUGUUUUCUGUGCUAUUGUUUCUCAUCCUGCUGACAAUCUUGUGUCUUUUCUCAACAAUGCCAAAGGGGCGACAGUUGGUGAUGCUGUGAAGAAGAUGGGGUUGGUCGGUCUCUUUACCCGUGGGCUUCCUCUUCGUAUUGUCAUGAUUGGAACUCUUACUGGAGCUCAGUGGGGAAUCUAUGAUGCAUUCAAAGUUUUUGUCGGGCUGCCAACAACUGGUGGUGCCCCUCCUCCUGUUUCUGCUGCCACAGAGCUUGCUAAGGUGUAAUCCGCUGGGUGAUCAACCUCAUCAACUUUGUUGUUUUUUGAAACUGGAAAGUUUGUCAUAGGAAUUAAAUAAGCAUAGGAUUGCGGAAGUUACUUAAAAUGGCUUCUAAGCAAGUGGGGAUUUUUAUUUCUUUUGCAUCCGGAACCUGUAUCCCAGUUUUUCCUUUUUUGACUCAUCUGAUUUUCGGGGGAUGGUUUUGCUCUCAUCCUCUUUAAAAGACGUAUUUUUAGUUAGAUCAGAGAUGAAUUUGAAAUUUGAUGUUAGGAGUGAGGAGGUGUCUUCCCCCUGUCAAGAUUAGGCAACAAAAAAUAAUGUUAGAUGGGAUAUGUUCUUCGGCCAUCGGUAGGCAUGGGAAUUAUGCCUGUAUACGAUUAUUAUUUCAUUUUGAUACUCUUCAUUUCAGGCUUA